CGCGCUCGCGCACCGCGCACGCCCGCUCCCGCGCAAUGUUUACAUUACACCCGACGAUCCCGCGAAAAGAUAACAGAAAGCGACAGUGCCAAUAAGAGUGCCGUUAAACUGUGGACAGUGAAUGAACCGCUCCUUUUUACGAAGGAUCGCGGUGUGAAAGUGCGGCGCCCGGACAAAGGAUCGGGAUGGUGUUCUCUGGAAACAUGAAGGAGAAGCCGCGAUCCGCGAAAAACGCAUGGGAGUCGGAGCUGGGUUAUGGGUGGACAGCGCCACGGCGUUGCCGCGCGCACCGGCCGCCGGAGUCGACGAUGUCGGUGAGCAGCGAUAUCCGCUUCACCCGCCGCAAGCUCAGCCGGCCCUGCCGCGGCUGCUGCGCCGCGCUCGCUGCGCUGCUAGUGCUGCUUCUGCUGGCUGCCGUCGCUGUCUACCUUGGACACAUGUACCUGUUUGGCGAUCCUCUAAACCGGCAAACAUUCCGAGGCUCGUUUGUGACGGUCUGGGGGACGGAGGAAGGGGAGGGGCCCAAGGGUAAUCACACGCGGGAGGGAGCCAUGCGGCAAGCCCUGCACGAUCUCUACCGGAAUUCUGAGCUUCGGUCCUGUUUUGUGUCUGCGGAUGUUCUUGCUUUGGACAGUGCAGAGGAAGGUACCCGCGUGCACUUCGAGGUGUCGUUCGAGCCGAUCUUCACAGCAGUGAGCACGGGCGAGGUGGUCGCGGUGCUGGCGCGGGAGCUUAAUGCGCCCACUGGCUACUUCAACGAGACCGUGUUGCCGGACACGCUGCACAUUGAGGAAAGCACUGUGAUAUCAUCGCAAGCGUUGCAAGAAACAGACGCAACGCCGGCAGACACGCCGACCACCGAAGCAGUCACGGCGGAGACGGUCGAGGAGCCGCGGGAAUGCGCUCCCGUCACACUCUCGCUGUGCUCCCCGCUGCCGUACAACGCGACCACGUAUCCCAACCUCGUCGGCCAUCAGAAUAAGGACGCCUUGCUGAGAGAUCUAGUCGCUUUUAGAGAACUUUUGGACGCCGAAUGCUCUCAUCUAGCUCAGGACUUCGUCUGCCAAAUGCUGCAGCCCCGCUGCUCUGACUCGCGGUUGGUGCCGCCGUGCCGCGCGUACUGCCGCGCCUUCCAUGCCGGCUGCGGCGCGCGGCUGCCGGAUCGGCUGCGUCCGCACUUCGACUGCUCACGCUUCCCGGACUAUUUCGGACCCGGAUCGUGUGCGCCUGAACCGGAUUGCCGGGGCGGUCUUCAACGGCUAGCGCUGUCCCGUCGUUCGUGCGACGGCGUGCCCGACUGCGCGGACGCGGUUGACGAGCGUGGCUGCGCGCACUGCGCGUCCGCUGGCGGCGGCGCGCUGCGCUGCGCGUUGCACCCGCGGUGUUUGCCAAGACAUCUGCGUUGCGAUGGCACACCCGACUGUCCUGAUAACAGUGAUGAGGCCGGAUGCUUGUGGGUGUCUCGUUCCCUUGCGGGAUGGCGGCGGGAGACCAGAGAGACGACUCUCGGAGCAGUACGUAGCCGUGGCGGGUACGCGGUGUGGGCGGAGCGCGGCCGCGCCGGCAAGGUUUGCGCCGCGCCCUACGAAAGCGACAAACGUGCGCUUAACAGCGUCGGAGCGUCGCUCUGCAAGGCGCUCACUUUCAAGGGUGUAGUCAGCGCUGAAGCAGUUCCUGAUAUCGAAGCAGAAGCCGAAGAUUUGGAUAACGAGAAGACUGAACCCGAAUACGUUGAAAUAGUAGAUCCAUUUGCGGCUGAGAUCUCAUUUUUAAAAAGCGAAUGUCCAGAGAGGAAAGUUAUAAGGGUUAUAUGCGAUCAAUUGGAGUGCGGCCUACCUUCGGCCCGAGUUGCGCAGGCGACAGCUGGCGUGGACGGCCUCCUGAAGUCCGCGCAGCCCGGCGACUGGCCGUGGCAUGCGGCCCUACUGCGCUCCCACGUGCACGCCUGCGACGCGGCGUUAGUGCACCCCGCCUGGCUCAUCACUACGGCUUCUUGCUUCCAAGGUCAACCAAAAGCAGAGUGGACGGCUAGACUAGGCACAGUCCGGAUACAGAGCACGACGCCCUGGCAGCAAGAGCGACGAGUUGUCGGCAUGGUUCGCUCCCCGGUGGAAGGAAGCAUGUUGGCGCUGGUGAGACUGGAAGAGCCCGUGGAAAUGACGGACUUUGUGCGGCCAGCGUGCUUGCCGGUGGAUGGUCUCAAUCCAGAGGAAUAUGAAGUAUGCAACACACUGGGGUGGACGCGCAAUAGGGACCAGGUGCAGCGCAUCCAGGUUCUCCCUAGCCCCAUGCACAACUGCGAGAACGCCAGCAUCGCCACCGUCAACGGCAUCUGUGCCGAGCCGCUGUACAAUCAGGACGACUGUGACGAGGAAGAAUACGCAGGGAGCUCCAUGAUGUGCUUCGACAAGCAGAGCAAACACUGGUCGUUGCUAGGUGUGAGCGGGUGGCGCAUCGCCUGCUCCAAGAUCGGGCUCGGCCGUCCACGGAUUUACGACUCCGUAACGUCGCAUAUCGACUGGAUCCGACGCACCAUCGCCAACGCCGCGAGGUGACCUGACCACAACUGUGUGAUCAAGCCAGAAUAAAAUUACCAAAUGUGUUCAUCAGCCGCAAAUUAUUAGACUUAAAAAUGUAUUGUGUGAAAUUUCAAACAGACAGAACAUAGCAAAUUGUCAGUUUGCUAACUUUAACUUUUUUUCUUUCAUCCUGAU